AUGGGAAAAGCUGGCCGCUUCGCCUGCAUCUUUGUGCCUAUGGCCUUGACCAUCGCCUCUCUCGUCUGCCUGAUCAUAGUCGGUCUUGGAGGAACGAACAAGAGCAACAGCUUCUACAACAAACUCUAUUUCUUCAGAGCCAACACCUCCCACAUCAGCAUCGACCCUUCAUUGCUGAAUCUCCCCUCCAACGCCCUGACAGACACGAUUCUCAACGAUACGACCUCCGUCGCCAAAUCAGCCCUUGGUGUCAAGGACUUCUACCAUGUCAGCUUGUGGAACUACUGCUCUGGAGACUUUCAGACCAACAGCAGCGGCAGCGUGACUGACCACGUCACCUACUGCUCGCCACAUCAGAACGAGUUUUGGUUCAAUCCGGUAGAGGUAUGGGAUCUCAACAACACUGGCAUCGACCAGUUCUUCAGCAAAGAGUUGCGCGAUGGUCUGAAUACAUACAAGACCGUUGCGAAAUGGAUGUUCAUCGCCUACCUCGUUGCGCUCAUCAGCACCAUCGCCGAGAUCUUGGUUGGCUUCUUAGCUCUCUUCUCACGCUUGGGCAGCCUGGCAACUACCAUCGUGUCAAGCAUCAGCUCCCUCUUCUUCAUCGGAUUUGCCCUCACGUCUACCAUCCUUUACGCCACGUUGACGGGCACCUUCAAUGAUGCGUUGACGAAAUACGACGUCCAUGGCUCCCUCGGCAGUAGCAUCUACGUGACGAUCUGGCUCGGUGUUCUAUUCUCUCUCGCUUCAGGCCUCUUCUGGCUUUUCAGCUCGUGCUGCUGCAGUGGAAGGAGCGACAAGAUCAAGGGAUAUGGUGAUGGACCAGCAAGAAGCAGAUUCAGAGAUCAACAAGGCCCAUACCAGUAUGAGAGGGUGGAGAGUCCGUUGAGGGGCGGACAGGGCUAUGGGGCGCCGCAGAAGGGAUAUCAGAGCGGGCCAGGGUAUCAAGCGCCGCAUAUGCCUCUGAACAACGUUGGAGAUAGGGGGACGGCUUAUGAGCCUUUCAGGCAUGAGGAUGUGUAG